CAAGAAGGGAGAGAAGAGUCAGAUAUUGGAAUCCUGGUGGAAUGGAGCAUGGUCUAAAUUUUACAGGUACCGGUGAUCUGACAUGUGAGGGUUUUGCAUCUCUGCAUUCAGCCAACCAACCCAGGAAAUAGUCAGAAGUCCCCAGCAGGGUAUGAACUGAACAAAUACAGACUCCUCCUUGCCACUGUUCUAGACAACACAACUAUUUGCAUACCUCUUUCAUCACAGUGUGUCACACAUGAUCUGAAGAUGAGUUUUGGCGUUAUAUGCAAACACCUCACCAUCUUCUUAGAGAUGUUAGUCCAUAAGGGAGUAUUGGGAUUGAUUCCUGUGAAUUCCCAGGGACAGGAGAGCAGAGAGAAGAAUGACUCAUUUAUUUCUGAUUUAGGACAGAAGUUGGUAUUUACAAAGAGUGAGUCUUGUCAAGCAGUUCAGGAAACCCAAGAAGCUAGCUAUCCUCUGGGCACUUGGAAGCUCUGCCUUUUGGGUACUUUGGAAUUACCACUUAUGUAGUUUGGAAUGGAUUUUUAGGAAAAUCAGUGGAAUACGGCCUUGAGCAAACAAACCACCUGCUUUGGAAUGCCGGAUUCAAGCCCGCAGGGCUCUCGCUUGCUUUAAUAUGUGUGUCCUCAGCACCUAGGACAGCGCCCGGCUGACAGGCAGUUGGUACUCUCCUGGCUCCUUGAUGAAAAAAUGAUUAGUUUUGAGAUCUCGCCAGAGCUUGGGGAAGGAAGUCUCUCUGUCGGGACUCGGAGGGAAGUGCUGGCGCCAGGUUAGACGCCGCCGCGCCGUCAACACGGCAAGGGAGGCCCCAACAAGCCACAGGGGCAAGAUGUCCUCAUAAGCCUUCUUCGUGCAGAUGUGCCGGGAGGAUCACAAGAAGAAGCACCCGGAUUCCUCGGUCAACUUCGCCGAGUUCUCCAAGAAGUGCUCUGAGAGAUGGAAGACCAUGUCUGCAAAGGAAAAGUCAAGUUUCGAAGAUUUGGCCAAGAGCAACAAAGCUCAUUAUGACAGGGAGAUGAAGAAUUAUGUUCCUCCCAAAGGUGAUAACAAAGGAAAGAAAAAGGCUCCUAAUGCUCCAAAAAGACCACCGUCUGCCUUCUUCCUGUUUUGCUCUGAACAUAGCCCAAAGAUCAAAAGUGAACACCCAGGCCUGUCUAUUGGAGAUACUGCAAAAAAAUUGGGUGAGAUGUGGUCCGAACAGUCUGCCAAAGAUAAACAACCCUAUGAGCAGAAAGCAGCUAAACUAAAGGAGAAGUAUGAAAAGGAUAUUGCUGCAUACCGUGCCAAGGGUGAAAGGGAAGCAGGAAAGAAGGGUCCUGGUAGGCCAACAGGCUCAAAGAAGAAGAAUGAACCAGAAGAUGAGGAAGAGGAGGAGGAGGAGGAAGACGAAGAUGAUGAUGAUGAGGAGGAGGAGGAUGAAGAGUAAAUGGCUGUCCUAAAAUGUGUGGCAUGUAUGUGCUCAGGCAAUUAUUUUGCUAAGAAUGUGAAAUUCAAGUGCAGCUCAACAUUACCUUCAGCAUAAAAACUGUACAGAUUUUAAAAAAAGAAGUUUGUAGCUUUUUCAGGGGCUACAACGUACAGUUAGAUUUAAAGCUUUUGAUGUUGAAUGUUCCUAAAUAUUUAAUGGUUUCUUUAAUUUUUAUGGUAGCAGAGCAAACUUAAUAGGAAUUUGUAUUACCAGUAAAUUUUGGUCUUUUUUUUAGGAUGAUGCAUUUUUUUAAAAAAAUUGUAAUAAAAUAAUGUAUAUUUUAAAAAUGA